AUGGCGGAACACAAGUCUUUGACUGCCGACGAAAAGGGGGAGGGCGGACAGGCGACGCCACCCGAAACGGCACCUAUUGCUGAAAAACAGGCACCAAUCAUCCUGUCUGAGGGUCAAGAAUGGAUUUUGAGCAGGCAGCUUGAAUCCCCUACUUGUGAAGUCUCUUUCUUGGCACUUUAUCGUUACGCCGACGUAUGGGACUGCUUAAUUAUAGGCGUCAGCGUCGUUUGCGCCAUUGCCGCCGGCGCUGCCUCACCUCUUUUGAGCGUAUUUUUUGGUCAAUUAACCAACGCCUUCCAAGGCAUAACGCUUGGCACCAUCUCGGCCCAAGAUUUUGAGGCGGAGCUUGUCAGGUAUGUGCUUUAUUUUGUUUACACCGGCAUCGCCGAGUUCGUCGCCGUAUAUGUGUCGACGGUCGGCUUCAUUUACACCGGGGAGCACAUCACGCAGCGCAUCCGUGCCAAGUACUUGAAGGCCGUGCUGUGCCAAAAUGUAGCCUACUUCGACAACCUUGGCGCCGGCGAAAUCACCACGCGCAUCACAGCCGACACCAACCUCAUCCAGGAUGGCAUCUCGCACAAAGUCUCCCUCACCCUGACGGCGGUCGCUACGUUCGUGACGGGCUUUGUCAUCGCCUACAUCAAAUUCUGGAAGCUCGCGCUUAUAUGCACGUCCACCUUGGUCGCUUUCGUGACGGUCAUGGGAGGCGGGACCAAAGUAAUCGUCAAGUACGGCACCAAAUCCAUGCAACACUACGCCGAGGGGAACAAUCUCGUGCAGGAGGUGCUCAGCACCAUCCGAACGGCUACGGCGUUCGGAACCCACGACCGACUCGCAGAGCGUUACGAGUCGCAUCUUCGGGUGGUCGAAAAGUACGGGAUCAAAAUGCAAAUCGCCCAGGCGCUGAUGGUCGGGGCCUUGUACAGCAUCACCUUUUUGACCUACGGGCUCGGCUUCUGGCAGGGAGCGCGCUUUCUAGGUACUGGCGAGAUGGAUGCGGGAGGGAUUUUGACCGUUUUGAUGGCCAUCAUGACGGGUUCGUAUGCCAUCGGCAACGUAUUCCCCCACACGCAGAGCUUUACCAAUGCAAUGGCGGCUGCUUCCAAAAUAUACAGCACCAUCGACCGCCCGUCGCCGCUUAAUCCCACCUCCAAGGAAGGGCAACAGCUCGAACGUGUAACAGGCGAUAUCGAAUUGCGUGGCGUGACACACGUCUACCCAUCACGGCCUGACGUCGUCGUGCUGGACGACGUGAGCUUGUGCAUACCCGCCGGUCGCACCACGGCGCUCGUUGGCCCGUCGGGCUCCGGGAAGAGCUCCAUCAUCGGCCUGAUCGAGCGGUUUUACAGCCCCGUGGCUGGGGAGAUUUUCUUGGACGGCCGAACGGUCCAGGAUCUCAACCUACGAUGGCUCCGUCAACAAAUGUCACUAGUCAGCCAAGAGCCUAGCCUAUUUUCAACCACCAUUUUUGAGAACAUCCGCUUCGGGCUGAUCGGCACCGACUUGGAAAAUGCACCCGAGGAACUCGUGCGCGAAAGGGUCGAAAAAGCAGCCGCCAUGGCCAACGCCCACGCCUUCGUCACUUCCCUGCCGAAAGGGUACCAAACGCACGUGGGUGAAGAGGGUAUAGUGCUGUCUGGUGGGCAGAAACAACGCGUCGCUAUAGCCCGUGCCAUCGUCAGCGAUCCAAAGAUCCUCCUUCUCGACGAAGCCACGUCCGCCCUUGACGCAAAAUCCGAAAAGGUUGUGCAAUCCGCCUUGGACAAUGCUUCCGAGGGUCGGACCACGGUCGUGGUUGCUCAUCGCCUGUCGACCAUUAAACGUGCCCACAACAUCGUCAUCCUGAGCGGCGGUAGGAUUGUCGAACAGGGGACUCAUGAGGAGUUGAUAGCUUUUGGUGGCGAGUAUCACAGGCUCGUAGAAUCUCAGGAGUUUAGUGAUGACGAAGUUGACUCGGAAUCCACAAACGAACGCAAGGAUUCACAGGAUGAAUUUGAAGUGAUCCCCACUGAAAAACAGGCCUUGGCCAAAUUGUCUUUGGGAUCAAACCCUACCACGGCUGAUGAGAACAACACUCUGUACCCGUUAGGCACACUGAUACGCUUUGUCGCCUCCUUCAACAGGCCAGAGCUCACGCUCAUCCUCCUUGGCGUGGUGUUCGUCGUGCUGGCCGGGUGCGCGCAGCCCACGCAGGCCGUGCUGUACGCCAAAGCCAUCACCGCCAUAACCACGUCGGCAAACCACGAGCAGCUCCAGCGCGACACUGACUUUUGGGCGCUGAUGCUCCUGGCCCUAGGCCUGGCGCAGCUUAUCUUCUACGCCAUCCAGGGGACCUGUCUCGGCAUCGGGUCGGAGAAGCUCACGAGCCGCGCCCGCAGCAUGGCCUUUCGCGUCAUGCUGCGUCAAGAGAUUGCCUUUUUCGACCGUGAGGAAAACACCACCGGAUCCCUAACCUCGUUUCUUUCGGCUGAAACCAAACACCUCUCGGGCAUCAGCGGCAUCAUCCUGGGCAGCAUAUUGAUGGUGACGGCGACGCUUACGGCUUCGCUGGUGGUCGCACUGGCGAUCGGCUGGAAGCUGGCGCUCGUCUGCAUAUCCGUUGUGCCCUUUCUGCUAGCGUGCGGGUUUUGGCGCGUUUCUAUCCUGGCCAAGUUUCAGGUACAUUCCAAGAAAGCUUACGAAGCUUCGGCCAUGUACGCCUGCGAGGCCACCACAGCAAUCCGCACCGUUGCCGCCUUGACCAAGGAAGACGAGAUAUUGUCCAAAUACGACCGUCAGCUCGGCCGCCAAGCCCGAGACAGCCUCGCCUGGACGCUUAAAGCCUCGGCUCUGUAUGCCCUGUCUCAGGCCAUGACAUUCUUCUGCCAGGCCCUGGCUUUUUGGUACGGCGGUACGCUCCUCGCCAAUGGAGAGUACAGCAUUUUUCAGUUUUUUGUCUGUUUCAGCGAGAUCAUGUACGGCACCAACGCGGCCGGCGCCAUCUUCCACCACGCAUCUGAUAUGGGUAAGGCCAAAAACGCCGCGGUCGACUUUAAAAGGCUCUUUGACCGCCGUCCUGCGAUCGACGUGUGGUCGGAGGAGGGUGAGAAGGUGUCGAGCGCCGCAGAGGGAAUGGUCGAGUUCCGGGACGUGCACUUUCGGUAUCCCACGCGCCCGGAACACGCUGUGCUUUCAGGACUGAACUUCAAGGUCGAGCCAGGUCAGUAUGUGGCGCUGGUUGGCCCGAGUGGUUGCGGCAAAAGCACUGCGAUCGCUCUCUUGGAUCGCUUUUACAAUGUGACCUCGGGUGGCGUGUACCUGGACGGCAAGGACAUUUCGAAGCUCAACGUCAACUCGUAUCGGAACCUGCUGGCUCUGGUCAGUCAAGAACCGACGCUGUAUCAGGGAACGAUCCGCGAGAACAUCUUGCUGGGAAGCCAAGACCGCAAUGUGAGCGAGGAGGACUUGGUGGCGGCUUGCAAGGAGGCAAACAUUCACGACUUUAUCCAAUCACUGCCUGACGGCUACAAUACCACAGUAGGUACUAGAGGAAGCAUGCUAUCAGGGGGCCAGAAGCAGCGCGUGGCAAUCGCACGCGCGCUGAUCCGCAACCCGCGCGUCCUUCUGCUCGACGAGGCCACUUCGGCUUUGGAUUCCGAAUCGGAAAGGGUCGUGCAAGCGGCUCUGGAUGCCGCCGCCAAAGGCCGCACCACCAUUGCCGUCGCGCACCGCCUGAGCACGGUGCAGAAGGCCGAUGUCAUCUUUGUGUUUGACCAGGGACGUGUGGUGGAGAGCGGGACGCAUCAGGAGUUGAUGCGCAAAAAUGGGUAUUAUCAUGAGUUGGUCAACCUGCAGCGCCUUGGAUAG